AUGAUAUUAUCCAAGGGCUUGCAGUAUCUUCAUGACUUUGGCAUUGUGCAUCGCGACAUCAAGCCAGCCAACAUUCUACUUGAUGCUAAAAUGCAUGCCAAGAUUGCUGACUUUGGACUGGUGAAGCUUACUAGGGGCACCGCUAUGGGCACCUCUGUGGCUGCCACUCGAGUGAUGGGAACACCGGGCUAUGUGGACCCUGCCUAUUACAAGUCCCACAAGGCCACUCCAGUAGCAGAUGUGUACAGGUGA